UAUUCUUAGGUUGGUAUUGUUGAUGACUUUGUGGGCUUGUUGCCUCAUUUAUUGUGAUUUGUCUUGCUGACAUGUGUGUGGUGUUGGGCUUGUUGCUUAUUUGCUAUGUUGUAGUUCUCUCACUUAUCUUGUCAUUUAUCACUGAUAAUGGAAGAAUUGGAUUCGGUAUUGUUAUUGUGAUGUGUGCUCAUGUAGAGGCACGAAUGAGAUUUGAUAUGAUUACACUUGAUAUUGAUAUCAUGCAUAGCAUUCAUACUCAUUUUUACAUGAUACAUGGAUAUGCACUAUGAUUGAUACUAAUGAUGAUAAGUGAAGAAGAGAAACAUCCGAGGCUUCUUAUGUUGGUGUUUGCUACAUACAUAUUUCAUAUGGUAUCUCUGAGAUCUAUUUUGCUUUAUUUUUUGUGACCAGUCAUUAGCUCAGAAACUGGAACAGAGGAUUGAGCUUAUGCUCCCCUUCGCUUUAUAAUUUUUGAUUUUUUGAUAUAAAGGUCAUACCACCAUACGACGACAAAUUUACAAAACACACACACAUAACUAAUUUCUGAUUUUAAUACCAGUGUAUAUCUCAACAAUUAAUCUCCCCCCUUACCCUCAUAGCCAUGCCUGAUGCAUCUAUAACACUUUGAUUUCAUUCCUUAGAUGAAAUAAAUAAUUAUUUUAGAAUAAAUAAUAUAUCUAAAUAUAUGAUUAAUGAUAUAUAUUGCAAUAAUAACGUGCUGUAAUAACUUAAAAUUGUGAUUGUUAAUGUAGAAAUUUGUGAUCCCUUGGAUGACUGUAGUAACUAAAAUUGUUACUCCAAACUACUGUUUUCAUGAUUGGUACAAUUAGAGAAGAAUCGAGAAUUUGAAAUUUAUAAAUUUUAUAAAAAUAUCAAAUUAAUAUAUAAUAAUAAUUAAAUUUACAACGAAAUAUUUAAAAAUAUUUAGCAAAAAAUUUGGAUUUUCAUGAACUCCCACUAUAUGUGCUAAAUUAGCCAGUGGGUACAACCACGCAACAAAGUACAAUUAAACUUGAAUGCUGGAGAAGAAAGAAAGAAACAAACUUAAAAUCAACACCUUGUCCAAAAGAAGUAUAUUAAAGCCAUUGCAAAUCCCUUUAACUCCUCAUUACCAUACACACUAAACAAAUCAUAAAAAAUCAUUUUCCUUUCUCUUUCUCCCAAAUCCACCACCACCACCAGCCCAAUCUUGAUAUAGAUGCCAAUAUUUCCACUACAAGCUGAUCCUCUCCGCCACAGACGGGGGCACCGGCAUCGUAGCAGAAAUUAAAUUAUGGAUCAUAGUAACAUCCAAACACCCCCACCUUCCACCACCUUAAAUAUCUAUAAUUAAGGAGUUAACUAAUACUAGAAUUAUGUAAAUACUAAUUUCACUUGAACAAUGACACUUCAAAAUAAAUAUAAACUUUCAAUUCUAAUUCUGGUCAUUCUUAGGAAUAAUUUUACGUUAAAUUAUAGACCGAUAGUUGAGGAUUUCUAAGGGACAGUUUCUUUCUUUAUAGAGUUAGUUAUACGAUCGACAUUUAUCAUUUUCAGGAAGCUAUAUUUAAUUUUAUAGCUCAAACACAAAUCUUAAAUUACUUUAUUACUCAUUAAGACAGAAUACAGGCGCAAAGCGCGUACUCUAAAACUAGUACUAGUAUAUAUUUCAACAAUCAUCCGCUUACGCACAUAAUCAUGCAUAAUAUAAAUACAUGAUUAAUGAUAUUUCAUAAUAACGUGCUGUAACAGCUUAUUGUAGAAUUUUGUUAUACGUUGGAUGACUAUAGUAACUCAAGUUAUUUCUCCAAACUACCGUUUUCAUGAUUGGUACAAUCACACGCAACAACUACAAUUAAACUUGUAUGGUGGAGAAGAAAGAGAGAACAAACUAAAAAUCAAUACCAAUCAAAAAAAAUAAUGGUCCAAAAGAAGGUAAACUAAACCAAAACAAAUCCCCCUAACUCCUCACCACCAUACACACCAAACAAAUCACAAAAACUCAUUGUUCCAUUAUUUUUCUCCCAAACCUCUACCACCACCACCCCACCUUGAUGUAGAUGUCAAUAUUUCCACUACAAGCUGGUCGUCUCCGCCACGGAUGACAGCACCGGCAUCGUAGCAGAAAUUAAAUUAUGGAUCAUAGUAACAUCCAAACACCACCACCAUCCUCAACCAUAACCACAGAUCGUAAUUCUUCCCUUUCUUCUUCCCAACCUCUUUCACCUUCCCCUAACACCAAUCAUAUUCUUGAAAUAACUCUCAUUUCAGCGCAAGAUUUAUCUCCUGUUUGCAAAAACCUUCGUACAUAUGCCCUAACUUGGGUAAACCCUAAUCGAAAACGCACCACCAAAGUGGACAAUAAAGGAAACACCAACCCUAAUUGGAAUGACAAGUUUUCUUUUCGUAUAGAUGAUGGAUUUCUCAAUUCUGAGUCUUCUGCCGUGCAUGUUGAGAUUUAUACGGUUUCUUGGUUUCGUGAUAUUCUUGUAGGCACUAUUAAAGUUCUUCUUGAUAAUCUCAUCAACCCUUUUGAUAAAAGAAAGAAAUUUGUUGCUCUUCAAAUACGUAGACCUAACGGUAACCCUCAAGGAAUACUUAAUAUGGGUGUGGCUCUUAUUGACAAGUCCAAACGUAGCAUGCCGUUGUUCAAUGAAAUUACUCCUUUGUCAUUGGAUCAUAGAGACAUUUUAGACAGAAAAAUAAAUGAUAUUAAUGCUCAAGACCAAAUGAUCAACAAGAACAAUAAUCAAGACAAUGACGAGACAUUGCAAAUAAGUAAUAAAAUUCAGCUAUGGCAAUCACAAAGCCUAGGAUAUUCUGAUGUCAACAACAACGGAGAAUUUCCUAACCAAGCGGGGUCAAUUUUUAAUGGGUCGAUGGCAAACGGGUCAAUAGUGAACGGGUCGGAGCUAUGCUCCGAUAUCGGCCCGUCCGCUUCCAUUGUGGCGGCGGAGAUAGCAAAGAAACUGCAUCCCAUGCCACCACCACAACGGCUGCCAUCAAAAGCGAUGGCACUCGAUGAUGCAGAGAGUUCCAUACUGGAAGAGCUCUCUGCAGAGGAAGCGUAUGCUAAAGCGGAGGCAGUGGCGCCAGUGGAGAAAUCUCAACGAGGAAGCAACGGCGGUGGCAGACACACACGGCGGAACAUGGACGGAGGAUUGUAUUCAUGUUUUGGGAAUGCAUAUUGUUUUGAGUUCACAAUUGUUUGUGGGGCGAAUAAUAACAACAACAACAAUCAAGGGACUCGUAGUGUUAAUAAUAACAGUAAUAAUAGUGCUGGCAAGAGCAAGAAGAAGUUGUCUACGGAGACAAAUUCAGCUUAAAUGUUGUACGUGCAUGCCCUUUUUGUAUACUAAAGUAUUGCUACGCCUAUUUUAUAUGUCAAGCCAGUAAAUAGCCUAAAUAGUGAGGGAAAA